UGGCCAUAGGUAAGGUUAUGGGCGCAUGUACAAAAUAUAACCUAUGAAAGGAAAACAUUUUUAAAUUGAUCUACUUAUUCGGUGCCUUUUUGUAAUUAUAGAAAAAUGCAAUUAACCAAAUCACCGAAGUUUGAUUCAAAACGUGCACGAGAAAUACUUUUAAAAGAAGAUAAAUUUAUAACUCAUUUAUUUUCAAUUUUACCAGUUCCUGUUUCAAGAAGAGAACACGACUCCAAAACAGAUGAAGAAGAAUAUUUACUACCCAGUAAUAAACCCCAUCAAUUAGUUUCAUAUGGUGGCAAUGAAAAGCCUAGCAGAGCUUCCUCACUCCUAGAACUUCAAAAACGACUAGAAGCAGUCAAGGCAAAAAGACUGACUGUUAAACAAAAAAUAGAUAAAAAGAAACUUAAAAACAAAAUAAAGAAAAAUGAAAAGAAGAAUGAAAGGAAUGCUAAGAAAAAGUUAGCAAAGGCUGUUAAAAGUACGACUAGUGGAAAUUUAGAUAACCAAAAGGAAGAAAAUGAAAUAUCUCAAAAUACAUCAGAAGUUACUCAAACUCAACCUGUUUUUAACAAAGAUGCUAGUAUGGUAUUUUCAAAAAUUGAUUUUUCUGAAGUUGGUAAAAAAAAUAAAAAAAAGCAAAAAGUAGAAAAAGACCCCAAAAUGAUUUUGAAAAAGUUAGAAACACAGAAAGAGAAAAUUAAAGAAUUAGAAGAAAAGGGAGAAGUUGAAAAAGCAAUCAUCACCAAACAGAAAGAAGCAUGGAAAUCAGCUUUAGCAAAAGCUGAAGGUAAGAAAGUUAAAGAUGACCCUUUGCUUCUAAAGAAAACUGUUAAAAAACAAGAACAAAUUAAAAGAAAAAGUGCAAAGCAAUGGGAACAGAGAAAAGAAAAGUUGGAAAAAGUAAAAGAAGAAAGGCAGAAGAAAAGGCAAGAAAAUAUAAAGAAGAAAAAAGAUAAAAAGAAAGCUGAUAAAAUGAAAAAAGCUGCCAAAAAAGGGAAA